AUGGCCAUUUUCUACUGGAUUAGAAAUUUGAGCUAUGAAAUCGAAAUUGUUUAACUUGCAAUGGCUAUCUAAAAAAUGUCUUACUUGUAGAUUCAAUUAUUCUAAUAAUUGAUGUUACUGGAAAGUUGGAUACUAUGGAUAGUAGAAUCUCUAUGGUAUAGAUAUGAACAUCCAUGUAAAGCAUGCUUAAUUUAAACAAUAUUUUGAGAAUGUAUUCAAUUAUAGUUUGUGGUAGCUUAUUUAUUUGAUUUUAUUAUUGUUAUUGUUAAAUACAUUACCCGCAAAAGGGUAAGAAAGUUCAAAAUAAUCAAUCUGUGUCUAAUUUACUCUUAGAUUAAAAUGCUCAAUUUAAAAGUAUACAGGGUUUUUCUGAAAUCAAAACAGGUCUUCUCAAUGUUAUUAAACUUGCAUAAUUUACCUAAGUUGUAAUUAAAAACUUUAACAAAUUUUAAAGAAUAGGAGAUGUUUGUGUUGCUAAAAAUAAUUUUGAAAAUGAAGAUACAGUUUUCAUUUCAUUUUGCUAUUAUUGGGGAAAUCAUAUAAAAGUUGCAAACAUGAGAAUUGUAAAGAGAAAAAUCUAAUAAUGGAAAUGA